GAAUGCUUUAAAUGAAUGAUGAUGAAUCACCCAUAGGCCAUAGCACCGCACUACAAAAGCCUUUACAAAAGCCACUCCAUAUAAUUCACACUAAAUGACAGAUACACGUAUUAAGGAUGGAAAAACGGUACGUGUUGCGUAAUAUAAGAGUAAUCUAAAGCAGUGGCGUAGGUUUUGCUUGUUUGUUUGUGGAGGGAACAACUGACACUCCAAGAUCAGAUCAUAUAUCUUUCGCUAGCUUGGAAUUGCCUGGCCCAAACAGUGCGUGAAGAUUAAUGAUUAUUGUUGUUUCAUGGCUGGAAGACAAGGGAUCAAAAGACUACCUUGUGUAGUUCUCCUCAUAGUGGUUGCUGGGAUGGAGAGAUUUACCUUUAAAGGGGUGGCUUCGAACAUGGUGACUUAUCUGACGGAAGUUGUUAAGAUGAGCAACUCGGCGGCGGCGAAGAUGGUCAAUAAUUGGUGUGGGUUCACAUCUCUGGUGCCGAUUGUGGUGGCGCCGGUGGCGGAAUCUUACUUGGACCGCUACACCACUAUUUUGUGCUCCUCCUUCAUCUAUGUUCUGGGAUUGUUGGCUCUGACAUCCCGGGCCUUAGGUUGGCCAUGGCGGAGAGCUACAAACAACACGGGGAUCGGCUCGUCUCUCUUGAUGUGGUCUCUGCCGUUGAUUUCACUAGGACUGGGAGGCUUCAACGCAUCGUUGCAAGCUUUUGGAGCGGACCAGCUCGGAGAACACGAAGACGAGGAGUUGCCUCGUACCAACGACGAUGUUGCCGGCGGGGGGCAGAGCGCCGACAGCAAGAGCUCGUUCUUCUUCCAAUGGUGGUAUUUUGGGGUCUGUUGCGGCUGCCUCCUCGGAGUUUCUGUUAUGUCGUACAUUCAAGAUACGAUCGGGUGGGGACUGGGAUUCGCCGUCCCCACCGCCGUAAUGCUGGCGGCGCUUGCGCUGUUUCUGUGCGGCUCCCGGUUUUACGCCGUCAAGAAUGCAAGAGAAAUUAGUGUCGCCGCGGCAAUCAAAACCACUGUGGUGUCGACGUUUAAGAAUUGCGGUCGACCACAGGAAAAACCCAACAACGUUGAGUUGCAACUUCAAGAUCAUCAGAACCCACUUUGCGACCAAGAUUCCGAUGGGGCUGAAAAAGGCAUCAAUGUGUCAAAAAUGGCGAGAGUAGUACUGGGUUUGCUGCCGGUUUGGGCGAUGCUUCUAAUGUUCGCCGUCAUUUUCCAACAACCGGCGACGUUCUUCACCAGACAAGGCAUGACGAUGAAGAGAAACAUCGGAUCCAAAUUCAUGGUCCCGCCGGCGGCGCUUCAGAGCGCAAUCACCAUCUCCAUAAUCCUGCUCAUGCCGCUAUACGACAAGCUCUUCAUCCCCUUCAUCCGCGCCUUCACGCGCAACGAGCGCGGCGUCACCGUGACGCAGAGGAUGGGCAUAGGAAUGUUUUUGUCCGUGGUAGCCAUGGCGAUCGCAGCGCUCACGGAGAACAAGAGGCUCCAGAUCGCCGGCCGACAGCCUCCGGAACAAGAAACCGUCGCCAUGAGCAUAUUUUGGUUGCUCCCACAAUACAUUUUGUUGGGCGUUUCUGACAUAUUUACUGUCGUUGGAAUGCAAGAAUUCUUCUACGCUCAAGUUCCGGAGGACAUGAAAACCUUGGGCAUAGCUCUUAAUACUAGCGUGUUCGGCGUCGGAAACUUCUUGGGCUCCUUCAUCAUAUCUAUGAUAGAACAUUUUACGAGCUCGACAGGAAAACAGCACGGCUGGUUCUCCGAUGGCAUAAGGGAAGGUCGUUUAGAUAAGUAUUAUUGGUUGUUGGCGUUGUCAAGCUCGGUAAGCUUGGUAGCCUUCAUAAUCUUUUGUAAAUUCCUAAGGGUUAGAUGAUAAACUAGGCACUAUAAUGUUUAGGUGUAUAUAUAUAUAUAUACCAAAAAUUUUGUAUAAAAGUCCGAAUGGGCAACAAUACCUAAUUUGACAAUAUAGUAAGCUAACGUAAUUUGUUAACUUCCACUAGUAGCUAAA